AUGUCGGAGUCUCUAGCGUCUCUAAAGGAGUCCGUCGAGAAUUCCCAAUGCGAGUAUCGGCAACUUGGAAACAGCGGCCUGAGAGUGUCUGUGCCCAUCCUCGGCUGUAUGAGCUUUGGUGAUCCGAGGUCUAUGCCAUGGACUAUCGGCGAAGAAGAGGCACUCCCAAUCCUCAAGGCAGCCUAUGACCGAGGACUCAAUACCUGGGAUACGGCCAACGUCUACAGCAACGGUGCUUCGGAGACAAUUGUCGGUCAGGCUCUCAGGAAGUACUCUAUUCCUCGAGAGAGGGUUGUUAUCAUGACAAAGUGCUUUUGGGGGGUUGCUGAAGAACCAGCGUAUCGCUUGACAAAGGUCACAGAGACAUUGCACUGGCUAUCGAGAGACGCAUUUGAACGGUCCAAGGAUUACCAAAACCAGUUUGGACUGUCCCGUGCGGCAAUAUUCAAUCAAGUUGAGGCAUCUCUCAAACGAUUGGGCACGAACUAUAUCGACGUGUUACAGAUCCAUCGUUUCGACUCAACGACUCCAAUCGAAGAAACAAUGAAAGCCCUGGACGACCUUGUCCGGUCAGGACGUGUUCGUUACAUCGGGGCGAGCAGUAUGUGGGCGACACAAUUCGCCCGUAUGCAGUUCUGUGCUGAACGUAACGGCUGGACGAAGUUUAUAAGCAUGCAAAAUCAAUACAAUCUAUUGUAUCGUGAAGAAGAGCGCGAAAUGAAUCGAUUCUGCAACGAUACCGGUGUUGGGUUGAUCCCUUGGGCUCCUCUUUGCCGAGGCCACCUGGCUCGGCCACCAUCAAAGUUUGGCUUGACCCCUAGGAGCGAACUAGAGAAACACGACCCGCAAGCUUCCGAGCUAUCGGAGCAAGACCUGGCUAUAAUAAGACGGGUGAUCGAGAUCGGAGAAAAGCGCGGCUGGCCGAUGGCCCACGUCGCUCUUGCGUGGAUCAACAAGCGUGUCACAAGCCCUAUAAUUGGUUGCAGCAGUGUUGAAAGACUGGAGCAGGCGAUUACAGCAAGGGAAAAGCGGUUGAAUGAUGAAGAAGAUCAAUACCUCGAGGAACCUUACCAACCGAAGCCAGUUGUUGUUGCGGAGUCUCUUUAG